UAAAUCUGCAACAAUAUGCAUUUACUAGAAAAUGUCCCUGUUUAGUUACUAACUAUCACUUUUAUUGGUUUUCAGAUGCCAUACUUGAAUCAAAAGCAAAUAGAAGAGUAUUUAGCUCUAAUAAAUGAUGGAGAGAUUUCGGAAGAUGAUCUUGAGGACUCGGAUACAGAAGGUAAUGAGAAUUUUUAUGAAAAUGGAGACGAUUUGCUUCACGAUCUUGAGAGCCCAUUAGAAGAGGAAAAUGAUGACCCCGAUAAUGAUCCAUUCAUGGCAGGAGACCCGCCAUUGAUAAAUGAAGCUACAGCAAAUGAUCAAGUGCCACAGGUUCCAUUCCCCUCAACAAGUCAAGCUAGUCGCCGAGCAACUAUGAGAGGACUCGUAUGGAAGGUAAAAAAAAUUGUUUUGAAUUCUGACCAGACAGCUUUUCAUGGAGACACUACAUACCCACCUGAACUGAAGGAUGAGGCUACUACUGGUACUCCCUAUCGUAUUUUUUCACAUUUUAUUACAUCAGAAAUAGUUCAAAGGAUUGUGGAAGAGUCUAAUUUGUAUUCCGUUCAAAAAAAUGUGACUAAACCAUUAAAUUUAUCUGAAACUGAGCUAAGAAAGUUUAUGGCGAUACUGAUAUACAUGUCUGUUAUAAAAUAUCCCAAUGUACGGCUAUACUGGUCAAAUACUGUAGGUUUUCAACCAAUCAAGGACAUAAUGACUGUCAACCGAUUUGAGACUAUUCGUAGAUUUCUACAUUUCAACAAUAACGAGAAACAUUUACCCAAGGAACACUCACAACAUGAUAGGCUCCAUAAGAUAAGGCCUAUAAUUAGGCAUCUAAAUGAGAAAUUUGCUUUAGUUCCUAUGGAACAAAAACUCUCAAUUCAUGAAGCAGUAUUUACCUAAUAAGCCCCAUAAGUAGGGGUUUAAAUUAUAUGUGAUGUGCAGCGUGAAAGGUUAUGCUCAUAAAUUUGAAAUAUAUACUGGCCAAGAAAAUGAACGGCUUCCAGAUGAACCAGAUUUUGGGCCAGUGGGAAAUGUUGUAGUCCGGCUUGCUAGAGGUGUCCCAAGGCAUAUAAAUCAUAUAAUUUAUUUUGAUAAUUUUUACACCUCUGUACCUUUAGUUACCUAUCUUGCCAAACAAGGAAUCUAUAGCCUAGGUACUGUGCAAUCUAACAGGCUAGUGAACAGCAAACUGCCGGACAAAAAAACAAUGAUGAAGAAAUCUGUUCCUCGUGGAACUUAUGAAGAGCAGAUGACUGAAUUUGACGGUAUUGAUUUGACAGCAGUUACUUGAAGGACAAUAAAGUUGUAACUUUUCUAUCUUCAUAUGUUGGAGCUGAACCUGUGGGCCAAGUAGAAAGAUUUGACAAGACAAAUAAGACUAGAAUUAAAAUUUCAUGCCCACAUAUAAUAAAGGAAUAUAAUGCCCAUAUGGGCGGAGUGGACCUAAUGGAUAGCUUUAUUGGGAGGUACCGAAUUGCAAUGAGAAGCCGAAAGUGGUAUCUUCGUAUCUUUUACCACUUAUUGGACAUGACGGUAAUAAAUU